AUGAAUGGACGACUUCUUUUCUGUUGUGCAAUGACUUUGCACAGUGUCCAACAAUUCAUAACUACAUUAAGGGAUUUUGCUGGCAUUUACGAAAUGGAAUCUAUUAAGUUCUAUGACACUUGUCUAAAAACUUUAAAAGCCAUGAAAGUUUGUCAAAAUGCUUUAGAUAUAAAUUAUAAGCUUUAUCAUGAGAAGCACUCGAAAAUUCAAACAAAUAAAUCGAAUUGUAUUUAA